GGACUGAGAUGUAACAGAAGACGGUGCGGAAACUUAUUAAUUCAACAAGCUAGCUAAACGGCAUCUCACAAUAAUCUGAAGAAAUCGUGUUAGCGUUUGCUGCGAUAACACGGGCUUGUUGGAAAUCAUUUCGCCCUGGCUUCGCGCUGGUUAGCAUGACUGUUAACAACACAAGGUGGUAAUGUCCGCAAUAGCUGCGCACGUAAAAUCUGUUUCAAGGGGAUUGGCUCUAGCUGGCCAACAGUGGCACCUACUGGUGGAAAUAGGAACUGCAGCGUCUUCAAUUCUGCUAUAUUGGGAUUGUUAUGAUGAAAAUCAAAUACUUCCUUGUGCAGUUAAAGACCACAAAAUUAGAAAACGUGAUAGGAAAUCAGAUGUACUUUAUAAACCCUUUAAGGUGGGAGGUUGGCAACGAUUUAAAAUAUAGGUCACAGUUUUAAUUUUAGACCCCGGGCACCUGUCCUUGUCAGUACCAAUAUGGUUGUAGUAAAGCCUCAACAGAGUUUGAAAAUAAAUGUUGGGAGACGAAAUUAUACAAAUGAAGAGUUUCAGAGUAGCAGUUUGUUAUGUAGGCAACAAUAAAUAUGCAUGCUGUCAACAAUGAAUAAUCCACAGGAAAAUAAUGCAGUUUCUCCUGCCACUCCUUCUGUGAAAGAGUUGGUGAAGGUUUUGUAUGGAGGAAAAAGGUUUGGUAAUCAUGUGGAUGAAGUUUGGCCUAACCUCUUCAUUGGCGACAUGUCAGUGGCCAAUGAUCGCUACAGUCUAUGGAAGCUGGGGAUCACUCAUGUUCUGAAUGCAGCUCAUGGGAGGAUGCACUGUCAAGGAAGUCAUGACUUCUAUGGAUCGACUGUUGAAUAUUAUGGAGUGCCUGCAGAUGAUUCACCGUCCUUUGACCUCUCUCGCUAUUUCUUUCCCUCUGCUGAGUAUAUAAGGAAUGCACUUGACAUGACUGGUGCUCGGGUUUUUGUCCACUGUGCAGUCGGAGUGAGCAGAUCUGCCUCCCUGGUCCUGGCCUACCUAAUGAUCCACCACCAUUACACCUUACUAGAGGCCAUCAAUAAGGUCAAAGAGCACAGGUGGAUUUUUCCAAACACAGGAUUCCUUAAACAGCUUCGUGCUUUAGAUGUGAAACUACGCAAGACAUCAUGAGUGUACGUCAGUGAAUUAAAUAUGAAAAUGAACUGAUAUCCUAACUUACAGUGCCUCGAAUGCCUGUUCUCCUCAAGGCAAAUGAAGGAUGCAGUAUCUGCCAGUGGAGGGAGAUGCUGUACUUUGCCUUUAGUUUGUUUCAAGAAUUAUACUAAAUCAAAUGUAUUUUCCUUGACUCUGCUACUAAUAGAUACUGAUCCUUAUAUUAAUAGAUCAGUGUAAUCAAACUCAGGCAGAAUCAAUUUUAAGACUGAGGAUGACUCAUUGAACCUUUGUAUUAUGUUGAAGAAAAAUUACAUCCAUUAUGUUGCAGCACAAAUCAACCCGUGAGGUGUAUUCAUUAAAAAAAAAAAAAAAAAAAAAAAAAAAACCAUCAAGACUUAGGUAAUGUUUUUGUGCACAAAAUGUCAACUUUUUAAAUAAUAAAAUAAUUAAAUUUAUUCAAGAGAGUUUGUAUGUUUUUGUUAGAUCACUCGGGUGCCACUUCAUUUUAACCCCUCCAAUUUAGCAUUUAUUAGAUGGGGAGCAUGGUAAAACAGUACACCAGUUUAACAUCAGCAUGCCAUUGUGAGCAUAUUAGCAUCCAAAGUGCUGCUGUGACUACAUGUUGGCUCAUCGAGUUGCCAGCAUGGCUUUACACUCAGUCUUGUGUUCAUCCAUUUUCCACAUGUGAUGUUGGUUUCAUUGUGUCUCUUAAGAAGGCAGAACCCAGUGAGUGAGUGAGUUAGCCUUGUGCCUGAGGAAUGAGACUGGCUAUGUAUGGAGUUAUUUUCUUCAAGCUCAAAUGUCAAUUUUAUGUCACAUAUUUAAGCACUCAACAACACUGUAGGCCUGGACCUUUUUAGAAUACAUACAUUUUUAAAAUCUCACAGUCUGUAUUAGCUUUGCUGUGGUGAAGGUGACCACACAACAUGCAAAUCUUUAGAUUUCCAUGGUCUUUUACAUCUUGUGAAUUAGACAUAGAACUGUCUUUAG